AUGAUGUCGCAAGCUACUCCUAGUGCUACUCCCGUGAGAAAUGCCGAUGGACAAAAGAAAGGCAAGAAGCUUCCAUUAAUUGUUGAUGUUGCAAUUGGUAAUAAUGGUAAGCAACUUUACCAGGUACACGAAUCUUCCAAGAUGGUAAGAAAGGAAAUGCCAAGAUCUACCAAUUUUGCUUUGAAUGAUGACAUUUCUGAUGAAGGGUUUUUUAUAAGCCAAAUAAAUGAACAAAGAACUCCCAUUAGAAAGACUUUGGGUACUUUGUCUCCAUCUAGUCUCAACCAAAAGAGAAUCCGCCAUGAUGUGUACGACCAAGGAGAUGACAAUAGCAAUGACGAUAAUUGCCAAAAUGAUGUUUAUGAGCAACAACAACAACAACCACAGCAACAACAACAACAACAACAACAACUUCAUCAACCUAAUAUGUAUGAGAACGGCAACGUUGGGGUUAUUUCCAAUGAUCCAGUGUCUUCUGUUGGCCACUAUGACAACAACCCAGUUUCACAUGUACCUACUGGUGCUUAUUCACGUGUCCAAGACACUGACAUCUGGUCAGAUGAUGUUGAAGAAGCUUUUGAAGAAGUGUUGAGACUUAUUCCAAAGAGUGGUUUGAACAAAAUAAAGAUUGCCGGUAGAUCUUGUGGUAGAAAUGAAUUAAUAUCAGAUUACAUUUUUGCCAAAACCGGGAAAUUCAGAACAAGAAAGCAAGUGUCCUCUCACAUUCAAGUGAUUAAGAAUUUAGGACAAAAACUCGAUAUAAUCCAAUUGAUCAACGAUGGUCCUAUUUUCAACAGUCACGAGGAACAAUUGGAAUCAACCAAGAAAUUUGAAGAUGUUUUUUCGAAAAUUAAUUUGAACAAGUCACUUGGGUUUAGUGACUCGAUGAAAAGAAAAAGUGAUUCAAUGCCUAUGCAUCUCCCAGCCACAAAGAGAAUAAGAAGAAAACACUCGGGCAAUCCUUUGAAUAAAAUAAAAUUUAGCAAUUUCUUCAUGUCUGUUAAUGACCAAUACGGUAUGAAUCCAAUUGUUUUGACGAUACAGCAAAAUGGCAAUGACGUUAAAAGUUUGAAAUUGAAAGACAAUGCUAAUAUUUCCAGUAGGUUCCCUGGUUUAAGUGAUUUUAAAUCGUGUCCUCAUAUUCCAAUCAUUCACAACAUGGUGAAAAUAUUGCUCCCGCAGUUGCCAGAAUCAUAUAGUAUCGACGACGGGUUUAGUUCCAGUUAUGCUUUGAAGUACGAAGAACCAGAAAACGCAUCACCCACACAUACCAGUAUUAUAUCAUCUUCUAGAACUUACAGCUUGUUCACUUGUGUAUAUUCCUAUGGUAAAGAGAUUGUGAAAUUUGAUGAAGACGGUAUUCAGUUGAAUCAAGACAGAGAAUUUAUACCGGGAUUUUGGAAGUUCUUCUUCAGUACAUUUGGGGAUCAAAGUGAAGGUGGUCUUAGUGCUGCUUUCAAAGGUGUCACCAUUAAACAAAUACUUUACGAGUCAAGCCCCGAUAGUGUUAAAAAGGAACAAGAUGCUAGUAAAGUUAAUAAACUGAAAGUCAAAUUGGUUUUACUUUGGGAAUUUGCUAAAGUGAGUGAAUGCAAAGAUGCUUUGACUACUACUACAAAGUUGGUGUUACCACCACGAGCACUGGCUUCAAGCUCAAAGACCACUGAAGAAGUGUUUGAAUACUCAGAACCAGCAUUAAACUCAAUUGGUGGUACCCCAACGGACACUACUAGUCCUAAUAUGGAUUUGAAUAAUCAGAACUUGAGUGCAGCAGCAACUUCAAUUCCUGGUAUACGAGACACCAUUCAUUCAGCAUCAAUGCCAGAUAUCAAUGAAUUGCCAUCUUCAGCUAAACCACAAGUAAGGUUACAAAAGACUUUCCAAUCGAUGCAACACUUGCAACCACACCAAAUGUGGCAACAACAACAACAACAACAGCCACUGCAAGGUGCAUAUACCAGCUCAGUAGCUUCACAACUGCUCAAUACUUCAUUAUCAUCACCUUAUGCUCAAUAUGGCAUGCCACUACCACAACAAACAAUAGGCACUUUUGUUCCACCUACUUCACAAACAUUUGGUGUUUCCUACACGCAUAAUAGCCAACACCCUUCAGCUAAUAUGGAUCUUAUGAUGCUUUCUUCUAUGAAUACCGGAUAUGGAAAUAUCACGAAUAAUCAAGAUUAUCAAUUUGGUAAUAUAGGAUACACAGAAGGAUUUACUAGUGAGUUUUAG